GUGAAAUAUUACAGACACUUGGCACCUGAUCACUUGCUUCAAAUAUGCCAUCGACUUGGACCGCUUCUAGAGCAAGAAAUUCCCCAAAGUGUCCCUGGAGUGCAGACAUUAUUAGGAGCUGGCAGACAGUCUUUGCUUCGUACAAACAAAAGUUGCAAACAUGUUGUGUGGAAGGGAUCUGCUCUUGCUGCACUACAUUGUGGGAGGCCUCCAGAGUCCCCUGUAAAUUAUGGCAGUCCACCUAGUAUAGUGGAUACCCUGUUUUCAAGAAAACUAAAUGGAAAAUACAGACUUGAACGCCUUGUUCCAACUGCAGUCUAUCAACAUAUGAAGAUGCACAAACGAAUUUUAGGACACUUAUCUUCUGUAUACUGUGUAACUUUUGAUCGGACUGGCAGGCGAAUAUUUACU